UUGUACCAAAAAAAAUAAAAAAAAAAAAUUUAAUUUUAAAAUUAUGACGCGCGAUUUACCGCCACAUUCAAAUCUCAAUUUUUAAAUCCAAAACAAUCGCCGUUUUCGUUUUCCUCUUCUUUUUUUUGAAACAUACCUUUUUCUGUUUCAGUAUAAAAAAAAACAAUCUAUUCCUCACCCAUUGUGAAACCCUAAUCUUUCAUCUUUUUCCUUUAGUGCUUCAGAACAACGCUUCACUUCACACACACACACACAGAGAGAGAGAGAGAGAUGGAGACUAGUGCCUCAAAGAAAAGAGCAAACACCGCUCAACAACCACCAUCUGUCAUUGUUCUCAAAAGGCAGAGGGUUGUUUUGGGUGAAAUUCCCGAUCUCAGUUUCCCCCAAUUUCAACCCAAACAGAAACUCCAAGUGAGGAGAAACCCUAAUCUACCUUCAAUUGAUUCCAAUUUGGAUAAGCCAGUUUCAAGAAACAACAAUCCGAUACGUUCCAAUGAACAGAUUGAUGAGCCUUAUGUAUCCGACAUUGUCGAUUAUCUUUGCACAAUGGAGAUGCAGAAAAAGAGAAGGCCAAUGGUUGGUUAUAUGGAGAAUGUUCAAACAGACAUUACUUCAAACAUGAGGGGGACAUUGGUUGAUUGGUUAGUUGAGGUUGCUGACGAAUACAAGCUUCUCCCCGAAACCCUUCAUCUCUCGGUUUCGUACAUUGAUAGGUUCCUAUCUCUUAACAGUGUCAACAGAUCCAAACUUCAGUUGCUUGGUGUUUCUUCCAUGCUCAUUGCAUCAAAGUAUGAAGAAAUCACCCCACCAGAGGCUGUAGAUUUCUGCAAAAUUACUGAUAACACCUAUGACCUGGCAGAGGUUUUAAAGAUGGAAGCCGACAUACUCAAGUCUCUAAAUUUUGAAAUGGGCAGCCCUAAUGUUAGCACAUUUCUGAAGAGGUUUGUAGGGAUUGCUUCUGAGAAUCCAAAGACUUCUAAUUUGCAGUUUGAAUAUCUGUGCAACUAUCUCGCUGAUUUAAGCUUGUUGGACUAUGAGUGUAUAAAAUUCUUGCCUUCUGUUGUGGCUGCAUCCGUUAUAUUUCUUGCUAGAUUUAUCAACCAACCUGGAGUACAUCCUUGGACUUCAUUGCUGUGUGAAUGCUCGGGAUAUGAAUCAGCUGAUUUGGAAGAAUGUGUUACAAUGUUACAUGACUUGUAUUUGUCAAGAAGGGAAGCAUCCUUAAAAGCUGUUAGGGAGAAAUACAAGCAGCAGAAGUUCGAAUAUGUGGCAAACCUACCUUCUCCGCCAGAGGUGCCAAGUAAUUACUUUGAAGAGUGAUACAGUGUGUAUAACUUGAUGAAUGAGUUUGAUGGCUUACAAAUAUUAAGUACUUUUCAUGGUGGGUUAGUAUGAAGCAAUGAAGAGAAUUAGUUUCUUCUACACAAGUAGCAAUGAAGGGAAUAAUUAUUCUCAACACACUAGGUGGUAUUAAUUUCAUUUGUUUGGGGUUAUGUAUAGCUUUUAGAAAUCAACUUAAUUAACUUAUUCAUAAAUUAUUUGAUGGGCAUUUGCUGCUGGAUCUUGGCAUAUAUGAUAAUCCAACUACUGAUGCUGACUGCCUGCUAACUUUUGAUGAUUGGUUGUACUACUAAAUUACUGAUGGCCCUUUGUGAUCAAGUAGUUGUCACUUGUUAGUACAACCUAUGCAUGCUCCUGGGAUGUUGUCCAUGAUUAACUAAUUCAUAUGUUUGGUCACUUGCAUAAUCUGGGUAUACUACAUUUAUUACUUGGACUUAUAGUCUUGCUUUAAUGUUUUUGAUUUGUAUGGUUGAAGUAAAAUUGCAUCAAGGGUAAACAAUGUAAGGGACAUUAUGAUAUAGUACAUGGUUAUUAUUUUUUCAAGGAAGAAUGGAAUACUUUUCCUCGAGUUAAAACCCCU